AUGAAGCACCAGCCGCCGCCGCCGCCGCGCCGCUGGGGGGUCGUGGCGGCGGUCGUCGCGCUCGUCCUCCUCGCCUGCCUCCAGAUCCAGUACCAGCACCUCAAGGUGGAUCUUGGCAAGGCCGGCUUUGCCUCUGCCACGCAAGAGAAUAACGCGAUCCCCAGCCGCAAUCGCAUUCGCUGGGGGACCGCCAGGAUCAGGAAGGCAGCCACCGGCGCCGACUCCUUGCCGCGCGGGAUUGUCCAGCGCCACUCCGACAUGUCCCUCCGCCCGCUCUGGGAGGACGAUCCUGCUUCCACCCACAAGAAUAAAAAUGGUGACUACAGUGCUCUCCUCGCCAUGGCAGUCGGCAUCUCCCAAAUAAAAAACGUUGACACUAUGGCUCGUAAGUUUCUGAAGGAAAACUAUGCAGUCAUGCUCUUCCAUUAUGAUGGGAAUGUAGAUGGAUGGCGUCAUCUUGAGUGGAGUGAAAAGGCCAUACACAUCCUUGCUCACAACCAAACAAAAUGGUGGUUUGCUAAGCGUUUUUUGCAUCCUGAUGUCAUGGCUAUCUAUGAUUUCAUCUUUCUAUGGGAUGAAGACCUUGGAGUGGAAAACUUCAACCCAAGAAGAUAUCUUGAUAUAAUGGUUUCCGAAGGCUUAGAAAUAACACAACCUGCUCUGGACCCUGAUCUAUCAACCGAUAUCCACCAUCGGAUCACAAUCCGCAAUAAGAUGUCAAAAGUUCACAGGAGAAUAUAUGACAAUCGGCCGAGUAUGAAUUGUUCUGAUGAGAGCAAAGGACCUCCUUGUACAGGGUGGGUAGAGGGCAUGGCACCAGUUUUUUCUCGCGCUGCUUGGAAAUGCGUAUGGCAUCUAAUUCAGAACGAUCUGAUUCAUGGAUGGGGCCUUGACAUGAAGCUUGGCUAUUGUGCUCAGGGUGAUCGAACUGAGAAAGUUGGUGUAAUUGACAGUGAGUAUGUUGUUCAUCAAGGGAUACCAUCUUUAGGAGGGCCAUCGCUUAGCAGCAAGACACCUCGAAGAUCAUUGGAUUUGAGGACCCAUGUGAGUAUAAUCUGUGGCAUUUUCGUCUUCCUGGAUCAAGGAUUAAAAGUUGCCAUUGUACUAACUGUUGCUUUAAUAGAUACGAAGACAAUCAUCGGCUGA